AUGGACCAAGACCCAGAUGAAUUUGAUGCUAUCCCCAAUGAAUUUGACAAUGAAUUCUUUGGUAAUCUGACACAGGAAGAAUUGCUCAUUUUAGAUGGAGUUCCAAUCAGUGCUCCAGCUCAAUCUGCUUCAGACAAUGUUUCCUCACAAAUGGGAGAUAUCAUCAUGUCUGAUAUUCAAUCAGAAAAUUCUGGCCCAGAUAACCAAUCCUCCACACUUCCAUUACUUCCCUUUUAUGACCCACCUAACCAUACUAACGAUCUUCCAAUGAGUUUCUCCCCUGAGUUGGAGCCUCAUCCACAUCCAACUUUGGAUUCUGCUGGUGACUACCUUCACCAAAAAAUUGUGUCUGAUAGUUUUGAGAGCUCUGGGUCUCAUAUAUUUAAUAAUCUGGAAAGCUCCUCUGGGUUAGAGCCUUGUGCACAUAUAACUUUGGAUUCUGCCAGUGAUCACCUUGGUCAAACAAAUGUGUCUGAUCGUCUUGAUAGCUCUGGGUCUUAUACAUUUCAUAAUUUGGAAACCUCUGAGUCUGAGAUGUAUGCAUUUAGUAAUCCUGGGAACCUUGAGAGCUCUUUAAGUUCUUUAGUACAUAAUUCUGGCUCUAUGAUCAUUGACCUUGAUGGUCCUUAUACUGGGGGAAGCUCUUUUAAUGCUGAUACACAGCAUUCUGAUACUUCAGCUGUCACUUCAUUCCAAUUCAUUGAUGUGGAUAUCGAUGAAGCAAGUGGUGCACAUGCUCCUUCUCCCAAUGACCAGAAUAAUUCCAUUAAACUCCCUCAUCUACGGGAUAAAGAUGCACCUCGUGGCCCAAAGUAUACAUCAGUUGCCCAAUGGCUUUCUCAAAAGAAUGGGGACAAUAUCAGAGAUAAUUCAGCUCUAUCUGGUUUGGAAAAUAUCCCAACCCAUGCCAUUAUUCCUGACCCUGAUGAAACUGCCAUUUUUGAAGAUAGCAAUGAAGAUGAUGGCAUUGGUGUAGAAAGUUAUGAAUCUGGAGGAGUAGAGGCUGAUGAAUCAGGUCUUGACUUCAAUGAAGAUGGGGCAGAGGAACAACCUCAGAAAUCACAAUCAUUUCCCCCAUGGUUUAAAAAGGCUUUUGAAGAAAAAUUGGCUGUCAUUGAAAAAAAGGACAGAAACAACAGGGCCACAUUCUAUGAGGUUUAUGAAACUUUUUGGGUUCCUAAAAAGGCAGGGUGGUUUAUAAUGACAAAGGCAAAGUCUCUUGAACCUGAGGCACUUUACGAUUUUGAGCUAUUCUACUGGGACCCAGAGUUGUUAACCAAAAUCAAAUGCCCCAUUUGCAAGCUCUCUUGGUUAAAUCGUCAUGGACUCCACAAGAUACCUCGGCAAGGUGUUGGUCUUGAUAAAUGCUUCUGGAUGAUUGGUGCUCGAUACAAGUGCCCAACUUGUGCAAACCCCAUUACUGGAAAGAAAACUGUCACAUUUAUGAGCUGGGACCCAAGAAUUUUAGCAGCUUUUCCAAAAGCACUUGCAGCAGAAUUUCCUGUAGUUCUCACCAAGCGAAGUGCUUUAUCGUCUCCUAUUCUUGCCUUACAACGUUCUUUAUUCCAAAAAGGGCUAGGAGCAAAGCAAUUCUCAAAUAUUCUAACCACUUUGCAUAUGCGUCGCUUUGAUCAAAUUCAUCUUCAGUAUCUACACAUGAUAUUUGAAGGCCAGAGUCAAAGUCGUUGGCAAAAUCAUUCAUUUCAACCAUUCUCUGAAUUUUCUGAUCCUCAAGGAUAUUCAGGAUAUGUUCCAUGCUCAACUUGGUUUCGUGACCUCUAUGAUUCAUUCAUUGAAGCUCAUCUUCCAAGAAUAUAUCAAUAUUCAUCCAUGUUGCCUGCAAGAAUCUGUGCAAUUGAUCAUUCUCACAAGAUCACAAAGCACAUUGUUACAAUCAAUGGUGUUCCUGUGUUUAUUGGCUUGCUCACUGUAACAAAUGAAAUGGGUGAAAUACGCAUAAUUGCACUAGUUGCUACAAAGGCUCAUGCUCAAUUUGAAAUUGCACUGGUCAAUAUGAGAGAGUCAUUGAAACUCUAUGGACUUGGAGAAGUUGAAAUAUUUUAUACAGACAAUAUUGCUGAUAAAGCAUUCUUGGAAAAAUGCUUUCCAUCUCUACUAAAAGAAGUUCAGCCUGUGAAUAAAUAUGUGAAUUAUCCACUCUACUCCAUUCCAGAGGGUGUAUCCAUCCAUGUCAAGUCUAAUGCUUCACAAUUUCAAACUGCACUAGCAUGCAUCCAUGAGAAGCUAUCAGAAAUCAGUGAAAAUGGCACAGUGAUCAUUGGAUUUGAUACAGAGUGGAAUGUUGACAGAACUCCUGGUAACUCAAGACAGGGAAAGACUGCAGUGGUUGCCAUUUCAUUUGAAAACCAGAUUUUUGUCCUUCAGAUAUCCCAAUAUACAAAUGCUGGAAAGCUUCCUGUUGCAAUCAAGAAUAUACUUGCUGAUGAGCGCAUUUUGAAAGUGGGCAGGGGGAUUAAAAAUGAUCUGAAGCGGCUCCAGACAGAGGCAAAGAUGAAAGAUCCAUUCCCAGCCCCAAAUGCAAGAGAUCAGAUCAUGUAUAUUGCCCAGGAUGCACAUGCUUCAAAGUGCAUUUAUGAAAAGCUUGUUGAGCUUGAAAAAUAUGGAAAUGUACCUCAAAAUGCAGCCCCAGGGCUACCAGUCAUAAUUUACCAAGAGGAUGGGCAAAGAAUAAUUGCAUAUGGCACCUGGUCUUCAUUAAACUCUGAGGAGAAUGCAGUCAUUGAUAACAUUGCCCUCCACACUUCUGACAAAAUAGUUGCAAUCGAGGUUCAAAAGGUUUCUGUCCCAGGGGCAAUCAUUGAGAGUCACAAAAAUCAGGCACUCAAAGACUUUGGACCACCACCUUUUAGACUUGUUUGUAAAAGAAAACAAGUACAUGUUUCAGUCAUUCAAGAAAUUGAGAGUGGUGAAGCAACCCAAGAAACAGUUGCUUUAAACACACCAAUAAGUGAUAUACAACUAGAUGCUGAGAAUCCAAGUCUCACUGACAACUCCUGGGCUGCUGAUGCUGAUCUUGAAGUUGAUCAUAAUGCUCUCCCAGAAAAUUUGGCUCAGGAUGCAGAAAAAGAUUCUACUAGUACUCAAAUUGGCAAUAAAGUACUGACCGAUCUACGGAAUAAUCCAGCAUCAAGUGCUGGGCCUAUCCGCAGCAGAGUUCUUCUGGAUCCAUGGCACAUCUUUGAUAGAAUAUCAAUUCCAAAAAGUCAUGGACUGCAUCUACAAUUUGCAAGAGCAAUGCGUGAUGCGAUUUUCUUACUCAAUGAAGAAGAUCGUGCAUUAGUUGAGGCUCGGUUGAAAUCUGAAGGGUCAUCAUGGAAUGAGAAAUUGAAGUUCCAGCCCAAGUCACUGUGGAAACUUGUUCGACGGUAUAUACCACCUCCAGAACAGCUUUAUGAUUUAGUUGAAAAUAUUUUCAAAGUAUAUGGGCCAUUAAAAGACUCUAUAACUGGACAACCUUUAUUUUCACCAGUUGCCUGGAAGAGUGCUCGGAAUAUUUUGAAAACAAUUCAAGCUGGAUAUCUUUCAGAUCCUCCUGGUAUCCCACUUUACUAUCAGGUUGGCCUUGAUAGAAAGGAGAAUGGAUUACCAAUAUGGCGGUGUAUCAGAGGCACAAAUUUUACUGAAGGAGGUGUUCAUCAUUCUAUUCGGGCUUGUUUCCCAGAUUCUAUCAUUUCAGCUCGUAAUGCUGUCAACAGACUGGCUGACUUUCAACUUCAUCAUAAUCUCCAUGUUGGAACCAAAAACCGGACUGGACAUAGAUUUAUUGGACAUGAUGACAUUUGGCUUUAUGAUGAACUUCAAACAAUGAUUGAAAAAACCAGAAUUCAUGUUCCACUUUCCUACAGGAUUCAAGGUUGGACUAAUGGCUCACUCUACAUGGAUACAUCAGAAGUCUCAGGAAUUUUGCCAAUUCCUCCUAUACUGUGUACUAAAGCCUUGAUGCAGCCAUAUAUUCCUGGAGUCACCUCAAAGACACUGCAUCAAUUUCUUGCUCAGCAACAACAAACACAGUUUGCAGUUGUUGCUGUUCAUACUGUUCCUGAAAAGCAGUUAUUCUCUAGCUUGAUCCAAACAAAUCCAUACUUCAAUCGGGAUAAACAGGAACCUGACUGGAAGACUGGUGUCCAGAUUUGGAACCGUGAUCAUGCUGAUGGUAAAACUAUAUUUUACAAGCUUGAAGAACAUCUGACAGCAUAUUAUACUGUCUGGCAGACAAAUAUUGCACAUCUUGCCACACAGUCCCAGACCAGUUCUCAGCGCAAGGGAAUUGAAGCUCGGAUUCACAACCCUGAAAGAAAUAUAGCUUCACAAACAUAUCAUGCAAUGACUUUGCCAGUUACCCAGCAACCAACAUCAGGAAAACAAUCAAUUAGCCUCCAUUCCAGUGAUCAAAACUCUGAGCUGCUUUUUGAUAUCCACUUUCCACUUGAGGAUAAUCCAGUUGCAGGACCAAGUAUAUUGCCCAGUGGAACAGAGACAUCAAACAGCAAUAAGAAAAAUAAGAAGUCUAAGCAGGACACUGUCACAAAACGUGCUUCAAAGAGGUGCUGGAAAUGUGAGAUUGAAGGGUGUAAAGGAAGGGUCAGAAAAGAUCUGUGCCAAAACCCCUGUGCUUUGUGCAACUCAAAGGAAUGUAAAGGGAAAGACAGCAGACACCCUUCUCUUCCCUGUGCAAUGAUUAAUGCUCAGGAUGCCAACAAAUCUACGUAG